AUGUUUGAAAUGGAGACUCACAUAUCGUGCCUUUUCCCUGAAAUCCUCGCCAUUAUUUUCAGCUAUUUGGACGUGAAAGACAAAGGCAGAGUGGCUCAAGUGUGCGCGGCCUGGAGGGACGCCUCGUACCACAAGUCUGUGUGGAGGGGGGUGGAAGCCAAACUCCAUCUUCGGCGAGCUAACCCGUCCCUGUUCCCCAGCUUGCAGACCAGAGGCAUCAAGAAAGUGCAGAUACUCAGUCUGAGAAGAAGUUUGAGCUACGUGAUCCAGGGCAUGCCGCACAUCGAGAGUCUCAACUUGUGCGGCUGUUUUAACCUCACAGACAACGGACUGGGGCACGCUUUUGUACAGGACAUCCCGUCCCUGCGUGUCCUCAACCUGAGUCUGUGCAAACAGAUCACGGACUCCAGCCUGGGCCGCAUCGCGCAGUACCUGAAGAACCUGGAGGUGCUGGAACUGGGAGGCUGCAGUAACAUCACCAACACAGGGCUGCUGCUCAUCGCCUGGGGUCUGCACCGCCUCAAGAGCUUGAACCUGCGCAGCUGCAGGCAUGUGUCAGAUGUGGGUAUCGGGCACCUGGCGGGAAUGACCCGCAGCGCAGCAGAAGGCUGUCUGUCUCUGGAGAAGCUUACCCUACAGGACUGCCAGAAGCUCACAGACCUCUCGCUCAAACAUGUCUCCAAAGGUCUAAACAAGCUGAAAGUCCUGAACCUCAGCUUUUGUGGAGGCAUAUCAGACGCGGGUAUGAUCCACCUGUCACACAUGACCAACCUGUGCUGCCUGAACCUCCGCUCUUGUGAUAACAUCAGUGACACAGGCAUAAUGCACCUGGCCAUGGGAACCCUCUGCCUUUGUGGGCUGGACGUGUCUUUUUGUGAUAAGAUUGGGGAUCAGAGUCUGGCUUACAUCGCCCAGGGCUUGUAUCAGCUCAAGUCCUUGUCCCUCUGCUCCUGCCAUAUUAGUGAUGAUGGCAUCAACCGCAUGGUGCGCCAGAUGCACGAACUGAAGACUCUUAACAUUGGACAGUGUGUCCGCAUAACAGACAAAGGCUUGGAGCUCAUAGCGGACCAUCUGACCCAGCUCACAGGGAUAGACUUGUACGGUUGUACCAAAAUCACCAAAAGGGGUUUGGAGAGGAUCACACAGCUCCCAUGCCUUAAAGUGUUGAACCUGGGACUGUGGCAGAUGACAGAGAGUGAGAGGAUGAGGUGA